AUGCCGAGAUAUGAUGGUUUGAUGAGGAUCUUCUGGCCGGCAGACAUUGCCCGAUCAGAGUUUCCCGGGGUCAUAGUGGGAUGGAAGAACUCCGAGCUCGACGUCUUUGUCGUGGCUGUUCUAGACGUCGCCGAUCCCAAUAAUGUCGAAUACCAUUUAAAGAUAGGAACCCUCCUGCGAAACUCCAACCAUGCGGUCAAUCGAGUCUACGAGCUCUGCGGACACUUGUCAAUGCAUGUCCUCGGCGUCAUAAAUGCGCCCGAAACGACCAGCGUCGACCCAUCAUGGGUACGCGCAACAACGGGACCGAGUUACCCCGUCCCCAUCAUCCGCUGCGCCCGAGCAUCCAACGUCCAGAUCGUCCUCUUCAAGAGACCGCAGCCUCUCCGCAUGCAGUACAUGUCGCUCAACCCCAUAGCACUCGACCUUGAGGACAAAUACUUCGACAUGCCCACAAGCGGCAUCGAGGCCGAGCACGAGCAGCAGGAGCGCGAGAAGCGUGAGGAAAAGCAACGAUUAGUCGAGAAGCUCAAGCAGCACAGCAUCAUAAAACGGACGCUCUCGCCAAAGGAAAAGACGCUGCCCCGCGUCAUUAAUCAGAUUAACUGGGCGUGGGAGCUGGAGCAGUUGCUCCAGAAGAACCUACAUCUGGUCGGACCCCGGCCGAAGCGGCGUCUUAGCGUUUCUGAGCGGGUUGUGGAGUCGGCGAAUACCGUCAAGGAUGCGGCGAUGUCGUGGUUUUGGAGCCUGUUCAUCGUCUACGUCUUCCCCAUUAUCCAGCGGUGUUUCGCGCUCAUCCUCCUUGGGCAUCGCGUGAUGACGGAAGUAGUGUUGCGUAUAUUGGAGUUCCGAGCGCGACCUCAUCAUGCCGCCCUGAAGGAUCUGUCGGCCACGGCGCAGCAGGUCGAGAUAAGACUGCAGCAGUUCUGCUACUGGCCCAUCCAGCACAUGAAGCUUCGGCAGCGAAAGAACGAUUGGGCGAGCGUCACGACGAGCCAUCCGGACUAUAUCCGCUUCUUCAAUAGCUUAUGGCUCGUUGCCAAUGACGUUAUUAUUGGAAUAGCCAUGGGAUCCUAUAUCAUUGAGCAUGCUGAUUGGGUAGGCCAGCAGAUUGGUAUUUUGCUGAGAGUAUAUACCGUGGAGGCGUUGCAGACUAGUAUAACAUGGCUUAUGGGUUGGCCCGCGGGUUUGAAGCUCAAUAAUGAGUUGGCUGCAUUCUUGGGCGACCUUUUCCUUUGGGUUAUAGACUACUGGUCAGGCUUCAUCGAUUUCCUUCAACCUAUGCUACCGCACAUAAUAUGGUUCAUCGGCUUCUCCAGCUUCGGCGGCGCCAGCAUGCCCCUCGCCAUGUUCUCCGACCUCCUCUCUGCCCUCACCAUCCACAUCUACUCCUUCUACCUCGCCUCCGCGCGCAUCUUCAACUGGCAGCUCAGCAUCCUCAUCUCCCUCUUCCACCUCUUCCGCGGAAAAAAGCACAACGUGCUUCGGAACCGUAUCGACUCGUGCGACUACGACCUCGACCAGUUGCUCGUCGGGACCAUCGUUUUUACGCUCCUCGUCUUCCUGCUGCCGACGGUGCUUGUGUUUUAUCUUAAUUUUGCUAUUGCGAGGAUGAUUAUUAUCUCGCUGAAGGCGGCCUUUGAUACGCUUCUUUCUUGCUUGAAUCAUUUUCCUCUUUUUGCUAUCAUGUUGCGUAUCAAGGAUCCAAGUCGACUCCCAGGCGGUGUCCGAUUUGAACUUGGCAAGAGCCAUCCUGUCGUAUGGUCACCGACAACCCUCUCAUUGAAUCGGCCGCCUACCUCCGUCAUCCAUCUCAAGCCGAUUCCUUUAACUUUUGGCGCCAUGUUCCACCAGUACCUGCAAAUGGCCCAACGCAUCCGCAAACACUACCUCUCCCCCACCGUGCUCCUCUGCCUCGUGACGGGCAAGUUCGUGCCCCCCAUCGACAGGAAGAACCUCUACAGCCUCCAGUACAGCAUGCUUCCCGCGAAGCGCCCCGGUAUUUGGGAGAUGUGGACGGCGCUGAGCUCGUCGACGGCACCGGCGAGGAAGCCGAGUUGGGCGGUGAAUGGGGUGAGGAGGCAUCCUUUUGGGGGGUUGCCCGGGAGGGCGAGGAGUGACCUAGAUACCGAAAUAGUCCAGCUUUCCUCCGCCUCGUCACGACAAGACGCAAUAGAUAGCAUCCGCGUGGGAAUCACACGCCUGUCGAACGAACUGGCAGAUGCAGCCGAGUAUUUACCUACUUACGACCAGAAGUCAUACACAGAGCGAGUGGACUCAAAGACGAUCAAAGGCUUGACCGACAAAUUAGACAGGGAGGUAGACAAGGUCGCGCCGCGACAACGCUUUCAAUUCAAAGCCCGGUCCAGAAAUGCAGCUCAAGCAACAAAAGAGGACCGGAGACACAAUGUCGGGGUUCUAGCUAGCUACCCUGAGACCCAAGAAGGGUCAGCUCCUCCUCCCAAAGAAGACGCACCCAACGAGAAGGACUACAACCAAGAGCUCAAAACCUCCCCAAGCACAGCUCAAAUCCGCAGACCGAGUUUCUCCGCCGCCAAGACAAUCUCGCUAUCAGGCCACCGCAACCUGCAUAUCGUCCUCCCAGCCUCAGCCGCGCAGGCCGCCACCUACGGCGACCUGACGGACCUCGAGGGUUGCGUCGUGGACAUGUCGGUGCCAGCGAGCGGCGCGACGGCAUUUUCGGGCCUCGCGUUGAAGAAUGUGCGAAGAUGCGUCAUCAUUACGGGGAGUGUUGCGGGUCCCGUUCACGUCACGGGGGUGUCGGAUUCGAUUCUCGUGGUGGCUUCGAGGCAGACGCCUGCGUGGUCGAGUACCCAUGAGAAUAAGUGGGAUCAGGUCAACGACUUCAAGUGGCUUAAAGCUGACCAUAGUCCCAACUGGAGCAUCCUUGCGGAGGACAAUAGGCUGGUAGGCGAUUUCUGGACGGAAUCGGUGGCUGGCAGGAGGGAUACUAGCGUCGCGGAGGUAUUAACAUAUGGGGGUAUCUCUACAUAG